AUGGACGCAGCAAUCCUUGACGGAAUUUCGCAUAUUGGCUCCUCUGUGGGUUCGGAAAAGAAAUGCCCCGACGAUGAUUUUGUCGACCGGGCGAACCACACGUACACUAUGAAUCUUCUCAUGUUCUUCAUUGCUGUCGUGCUGUCUCGUCAGCUGGUCGGAAAACCGAUCAGCUGCUGGAUUCCCAAUGACUUUACAGGCGCCCAGGGUGAAUACGCCGAAACUGUGUGUUGGGUGACUUCAACGUACUUUAUCGCGCCUACACAAGCAACCGUACCGAUACAAAAGGAUCUUCGCUACGAGAAGACGAUUUAUUACUACCAAUGGGUUCCCUUUAUUCUCAUGGUUCAAGCAGCUCUCUUCGUUUUCCCCUGCAUUAUCUGGCGCCUCUUCAACUCUCACACACGAAUUAAUGUAAGUUUAACAAGGAAAACAUACUCAUCAUGUUCAAGAUAUUUGGGCAAACCAAGGUAAUUGCCCAUUCCUAAACUAGUAGCUAUGUCUGCGUUUAUUAAAACAUAUAAACUUUCAAAGGCGGCACCACCUAAUCAUCUUGUGAGUACAGUUACAUAGACGAUAUUUCAUAAGUUCAGAGACUGAAAUGUCUAGCCAUUAUCUUUAACAUACCUCCUUCUGUAUGUAAUUAGGAUGUUUGAUCAUCAGUGUUUGGAAAAACUGGUUCGGCCACAUAAGCGAAAAUGUAAAAAUAACCCAGCUCGGUGUAAGCUCAACAUGUUAAUUAAGUUUGCUGUUACACACAUUUUUCCAGAAAUAUCGUAAUUCCCCGCAUGAUUUUUCUAAGGAAUUGAUUCCGAUUUAAAAUCCAUCAGAAAAUUUUCAUACAUUGUAAUCCGGGGAACCUGCAGUAAUUUGCGACUGUCAAGUGCAACAAAAUGGUAGUUUAAAAGCAACUUGAGAUACAAGUUAACAAGGAGAAAUGAGAGAUUUUAACUGCAAUAUAGUGCACUUGAAGGUGAAUCUAUUAGAUUAUUGGAUUUCACACCACAAUAUUUUGGGUUUAUAGCAGAAAUGGAGUGCAGGUGCUUCUCCGUCACAAGUGAUCGCCAGUGUGCACAUCAAACGUGGCAGGUGACACCUGCUGGGCAUCCGCUUAUUUAGUACCCGGGAAUUCUAUGCUGGAUAUCACCUAUAAAGCACUAUAAAUAUCGCCAGUAAAUUUAUGCACUUACUAGGCUUAUUACGUAACUGAGAUUUUACGCUCAACAUUUCAAGCAUGCUUUUGAGGACUCGUGUACGCAUAGGGGUUCGUAGGCUUGUUCCCAAUUUUGCAGAUUUAGCCUUACAUAAUGCCAACGAGUUUCUAAUUCUCCAAAUUACCAUAAAACUGUGUAAGUCUAAGUGUUGUUCAAAUGUAUACGUUGAAACUCAGAUUGCAUUAAGUAUUCACAAAAAGGUCUUAUCUAAAUUACCAAUAAAACUUGCCUUGCUCACCCCUUUGUUAAAUCGUUUAAAGAAAGAAAAUUAGCAACUAAUUCGCCACACGCUAAGUAAUUGGGGUCGGAUCUCAUUUUAUGCAAACAAAUCUGCUUUAUUUUCUUAUCCAGUAGCGUAAAUGUGUAAAACGGCGAGCUUUAAUGAGAAUAUUUGUACAUCCUUAUAAAGCCUAGAAUAACAUUGGCGCUCCGCCUAAACGAAGGCAUUUUUGGUCUCCAUUUCCUCUUUACUACAAAUUUCAAACUCAUUAAAAUAUAUAGGUGAACCAAAGGAAAUAGAACGAAUCGUAUGUCUGAGUCAGUUGCGUUUGUCCGGCAAAUUAAAUCAGAACUACUUAAAUGGGGAGGUUACCUUGGUUUUGUGAAUUCAAAAUCAAGUUUCUCUAAUCAGAAUGUCCUUUAAAUUGAUAAUAAAUGAAUACUUCUCUAGUAUUGCACAGCUAAAAAUAUCACGAAGGCAAAUUGUAAAAUAAUACACCAUCCAAGAAAUAUAUACUUUCUGUCUAACAAGUUCGCAAUGAUAUUGAGUUUCCAAACAACCUACUGUUUAUAGUCACCCACGUGCUUCCACACGCAGUUGCUUUAGGAAGGUUUUUAUUAUCACUUUUGCAAAAUUGCAAGCGUUCAUUAUUUUUUAGAUUGUAACACUCAUGGUCUAACUUUCAAGUAUGUAAAUUGGUCAUGAUAUCAGCAACUUUUAGAAUUUUAAAAUGAUUUUUGCCUUUAACGUUGGAAGUCAAUUUCAGUUUAUUUGACUAAUCUUUCUAAGCAUUGGACUUUAUUUUAGAGAAAUGAAUUAAACCAAGUCCUCGGAUUACUAGAGGAGAUGAUACUGUGCACGGUUUGCAUUCUCUCCAAAAGAGACAAGUCCGAUAUCAAGUACUUUUCUCGGCCAAACUUGUAUAGUAGUAGAAACAAAGACGGAUAAACUCGAGUGUCGCUCAGAAAGACUGAAGAGAACGAGAGUUUCAUUAUACUUUAGAACACGUGCAUAGGAAUGGGCACCAGAAUUGCCGCAGUGUCAGCUAGCAUAGGCCAAUAGUCGCCCAAUUUCAGUUCUGCAGUGGAACUCAUUAUAUUUUGACGGUAUGAAAACCCGUUAUUGAGUAUCUCUCAAGGACAUUUUUCGUUGAAAGCAAAGGAACAUUUAGGCGGAAAAAAUAACAUUAUCGCCAUUUGAUAAAUAAUUAGCGCUCAGUACAAUAGCUUUAUAUGGGAAUUUCCUUCGUUUGAUGGUUUUUACAAAACAUGUCUUAAGACCUUAUUCAGAUAUAAAAUUAUAAGCUUUGCUUUUCCAUUUGACUUCGGUUUUUCACUUUUCUUGUGACCUCACAAUAAACCCUAACGGGAAUUUGUCCGGCCUUUCUGCCUACCUUGCUGCGACUUCAGCAAACCCGUACACAUCUACACUCUGAAACUAGGUUUUGUGAUUAGUAUGGCUACAGAUUAAUUGAUAAAAUACCCGCAUGUUUGUUGGAAGAGUGCUGUAAAGUAACGCUGUUUGCCUUUAAUCCGUAAAUUUCCAAAAGUGUCAAACGCUUUUUGCUCUCCUUUGAGACUUUUGUCAUGUCGAUGGCAUGAGUCUCUCGCGUGUCAACCAUUCUGUUUUACGUGAGAUUCCAGGCAGGGCGACGUGCGUGACCUUGCUGAAAUUUGUCAUUUACAUGCGUUACGUGAAUUUUCUUGUGUAUACAGCUUAAUUCCAGAAAAAGCCGACUCUUUCUCCCGAAGUAUAUUUCGUGUUCGCAAUUUACAUAUUCCUGUUUGCGAUCUAGGUUAUGGUAGCAGAGUCUAUCGCAAGACUCCGCUUACUACCCCUUCCGCGAGUUUGUGAUAGGAUGUUGCUUUAAUUUUUUGUUGGAGUAGCUAUAAAAGAACAUUGUUAUUUUCCGCGACCUAUCUUAUUUCUAAUUAUUUAAUCAUGUGCCUACUGAAAGGAACAUCCAUUAUCGAGAAGACCUAUAUUUGACAAGGUUGUUAUGCACAGAACAUAGGCAACAAUGCGCUUAGAUACCACUCAAGGAAUAAAAAGACGUAGUCGGACGGUAGAAAUCCCAAUUUAAGAGGUUAGUCUAAUGUUAGAUGAAGACACAGUGGCUUACUAACUAUUUUUAGGAGAGGAAGAUGCAGACUGAUUCUUCCGACAAGGCAAUUGUUUUUUAUUCCAACUUUAAUAUCCAACCGUGAAAAUACAAUGCAGACGUGGUGGGAUCUGAAUCCUCGACCGCAAAAAGAAGGCUUUGGUCCAAUUGACGUUCUAGUCACCUGAGCUUUGGGUAUAUAGAGUAGAUGUGCUAACUCAUGAAAUGUCAACCACAAUUUCGAAAUUUGUUCUCGUUUCGAAAAGAUAAAUUAAGUAGUGUUGUAAAGCUAAUCAUGAUGCAGCAUAAAUCUGUAAUGAUCCAGUUACCUCAGGGUGUCGGCUUUCAAAAGAACUUAUUUUCGGCUGCAUGCAAGAUCUACACUCUGCAAAAAAUGACUACUUAAGUAACAUGCAAUUUUCUCAUUGAUUUUCGAUGCCCUUGAAAAUUCAAUUAUAUUUCAUGGAAAACAUGCAUAAAAAUAUUCAUUCUUUUACUUAUUCGGUAGAAAAUCACGUCUUCUUCCAAUUUUAUACUCAAAAAAAGUAUAAUUUGGUCUUAAAAGUUUCUUAUUGUGCGAUUUUUUAUGCCGUUAAAUGGCCGUUCAGGAAACGUCAUGUAUCUGCAUUUACGAAUGUGGCUUGUAAAGUCAACAAUAUUGCUCAAAUCCACUGCUUAAUUUUAUGAACCUCAUAUGGUCUCCUCUUAAUACCGUAGAGAAAUGCAUGGUUUUCCGUACACGGAAAAUAAACAGCUUGUAGUUUUGAAACCCUGAAUGCAAGUGUAACAGCGGGUCAGGUUCAAAAUUAUUCAGGAAUCAGAAAUGUUUUUUAAAACCGAAUUAAACUAUUCUUUUGAGUAUGCAAUUGUAAGAAGACGUGAUUUUCUACCGAAUAAGUAAAAGAAUGAAUAUUUCUAUGCAUGUUUUCCAUAAAAUAUAAUUGACUUUUCAAGGGCAUCGAAAAUCAAUGAGAAAAUUGCAUACUACAUAAGUAGUCAUUUUUUGCAGGGUGUAGAUCUUGCAUGCAGCCAAAAAUAAGUUCUUUCGAAAGCCGACACCCUGAGGUAACUGGAUCAUUACAGAUUUAUGCUGCAUCAUGAUUAGUUUUACAACACUACUUUAUGUAUCUUUUCGAAACGAGAACGCAUUUCGAAAUUUUGGUUGACAUUUCAUGAGUUAGCACAUCUACUGUAAGUUUAAUUACAUACCUGAUUUGAUUUCUCCCUGAUCCCUGACUUGUCAUACGACGAAUGUCAUUAGCUACCAAUGCAUUUAGGAAGCACUUGAUUUUUCCAUUUAAUGACCUAAAAUAUUUAUCUUUCUUUAAAUUAGAAACAAGAUUCGGAAAAAAAACUUGCAGAGCUUAAUAUGAUUUGUGUCUAUAACAUACCUUCAUGCCAUAAAUAUAUGUGCCACUUUGCAGAUGUCCCCUUAUAGGUGUGUUUUUCAUAGAGCUAUUUGACCGACAUCCAUAUAGCGCCUAUUUCGACUAAAAUUAUUAAAGGUUUAAAAUCAUCUGGUCGUCCUAUGUUCAUGAAAAUAUUCCUAGACUUUAAAAUCCACUUAUAUGUCAACAACAUUUCUCCCUAACAGACUAGGCAUAGCGUCAUAAUUUCCUUCUUUUCAAGUAAGGUGAGCCAGUCUUUACAAAUAACAGUUUCAUAACCUUUCCAUUGCAAAAAUGAUGAAUCCAUCUGCAAAAACAGAAUUUAUGAAGCCCUUACGGCUAGUUUCUCCUCUGAUUCAAUGUUAUCAGGAUACUUUUCUGUGCCUCUUUGUUAAUUUCACGUCUCGACAUUCAGCAAAUUUUGUCAAUGGGUAUACUAGCUUUCUCUUUAUGAGCCUGUUUAUGCAUUUCCGCGAAGGUUCAAACUGCUAUGACAUGGAAAUAUAUGUAAUCUUUUCAAAUGUAAACGCUUUUAAGGGAAUUUUGACAGUUCAUUUGCUUACGGUCUCGUAGAUGAAAGUAUAAGCGGACUUUUUGUAUGUUAGGUUUUGGAACGCACAUUUAUCUUGUUGCGUUCCGACUGACUAAUUUAAUUUAAAAGUACGUUCGACAUUUUACUAACAUUGGAAAACAAUGUUUUCGUCCGAAAGAAAAAAUAUUACACCAAAAUUAGAAGCAGGAGGUUCAUAUAUUUCAUCCGCUCAGGAAUCCCAGUGCCACGCUCCCACUUUCACGUGGCAAUAUGACAACCAAUGAGCGAACACGCCAGACCUGUCACUGCGAUAGCGUAAACACUGAAUUCUAAACGUUACAUACUAUAUUUAUCGUCAGUUUUGACUUAAUAAUUUUAAUAGUGGUGUAAAUAGGUAAGAAUGUUCAUUUCUGAAAUAAACGAGGCAGGCAAGAAUUAACUUCUGCGCGCAACUUAAAAGAAACGCUUUUUUAUUUGGUCACAGAACCGGUUACUCAGCAGUGGCGUCUUUGCCACAAAAGCGCUCAGUUUUUAAGCUAAUCUGAUCAAUGGGUAUGUUUUGGGGCACAAAAGUAGGCGGAUAUUUAGUUUUUCAAUAUUUGUUUCUGAAGACGCCUCAAAAUUUCCCCAGAUUGGUUAUAAGUUAACACUUCUGUGCAAAAUAUGUCCAACCUUUACUCGAAGCGUGUUCGAAAGUAAAGGGCUGAGGAGAACUGCCGUCAAAUAUGUCUUGAUAUUUUAAAAACAAUUGUUAUUCUCUUCGAUUUUUGGAAGACUUGAGUGCGCAAAUUUAGUUGUUUCGUUUCGAACACAUGUAUCUAUGUAAUUAGGGCCCGUAUUCUGCAAGAUUAUUAUAUUAAAAGCUACAUCAAUAUGACAUCACAUACCAUGGCUGAUUCACAUAAUAGCUCGGACAAAAGUCUUCUGAACGUAUAUUCAAUGAGUAGGAGGCACAUCGCAUAUUCAUGAUUAUUUUUAAUUUUUUUUAUUAACUUCUUUCAUUCAAAGAAGUGCAAAUAAACUACUUGACAUUUGGAGUGACUUCCAAAAAGUACGCAUAUUUUUUAACGGACACGGCUUUUCAACAAAGCGUUCAGCACAAAUCACUCUUGUUGCUAGCUCGCUUUCAGAAACACAGUAUCUCCGGACAAAUUUAAUUUAUUGUCUCUGAUUACGGUUUGCAAGCAUCAUUUCUGACAGAAAAAAAUAUGGAAACUGUGCAUAGGGCACUACCAAGUGUAUUAGGUUCAGCACUUUAUAUUAGUCCCAUAAUUUUGCGAAUAUUUCCUACCACCGUAUAUUCCCGAUCUCAACUGGCAGGAAAACUAGCCCGUGGCUCAGUGGUUCAGGGUGUUGGACUUCUAAACAAUAGUUCGGGGGAUCGAGCCCCAGGUGUUUCACACGUCGGGUUAGGUAAUGCUAUUCUAACAGCCACUCUCUUUACACCAAAGGACGAUUACCUAAGAUUGCACAAAGGCAACAAAAACUAAACAAAACUGUUGACUGUGAUCAUAAAAUGUAACUGUUUGUUAAGCAUUUAAGUUGUAGUAGCAAAUUGUAUAUUUGGUCGUUGCGUUGUCAGUUUUAAAUUUGGUGGAAGUCGGUUACGCUGUCCUGAUCCAAAUUUUAAGCGCGAUGUUGACAUUGAAAGGAAAGUAAGCCCAAAGGGGUGCUAAAAAAUUGGAAGAGCUAAAAUGGAAAAGGGAAACAUGAUGUUUCGGCUGAGAGGUCGCGUUGGUUUUAGGGUUUGGGUUAGUGUCAGGCUAAGAAUUGAGUUCAGAGUUAGGGCUUAUGUUAAGUUUAAGGGUCCCGGUUAGAAUUAUGGGUUGGAUUGCGGUUUAGGUUUGAUUUGGUGUUAAGGUUGGGGUUAGGGUUAGUGUUAGGAUACGGGUAGGAUUACGGUUAAGGUUAGGGCUAUGGUUCUGGUUUGGGGCUGCGGUUAAGGUUAGGGUAAGGAUUACUGUUAGGCUUAGGUGGAGGGUUUACGGUAGGUUAAGGGCUGUGUCCGCUGUUAAGUUUAGGGUUAGCGCUAGGCUUGUAAUGACGUUAAGGAUAUGGUUUACUUUUGAAGUUACGGUUAGGUUUCGGGUUAGGUUUGGGGUAGUGUUGUCUCGCCCAUUCCUGUCAGCCAGCUCUUUAGCGGGGAUCCCAGGCUUCCUUCAAACUUGCGGCAGAUUUUUCAUACACUAGGUUUCCUUCUCCGUUUCAGCCUUGGUUACUUUCCUCACUAACUAUUUCAGCAUCCCUCUUCGGCUUACUUUCCUUUCAAUGCCCACAUUGCGCUUACAUUUGGGAUUUAGACAGCGUAAUCGACUCUUGUCUAGGAAAUUUUGUUUGAACUAAGCCAAAGGUGCUGCCCUCGCCAGCAUCAGCAAACGAAAAAUUCUAGACUGAAAUUCAAUGGCAUUUGCAUGCAUGUCUCUGCGUCCCCGCUCUCCCUCUCCUCGCCCUGUGACACGGCUCUACUAAACUCUAAUUCCUCUCCCCCCCUAUUCACCCACCCCGCUCGUAUGAAAAGACGAAGCGUAAUCGAUCUGUUAUCGUUCACACGUUUUGCUUCGUACCUCGUCCCCAUAUAAAUGCACUGGCCCGACGAGAAUUUAUCGAAAGCACUCGUAUGCUCACUAAAUAGUCUUCUAAAGAUAAAUGUUUUCGUAAGCUCAAACGUUUUCGGCACACGUUGACGUUUUUCAACAAAAGGGUGAAGACCUAGCGCCGAAAGAAUUCCGCGUUGCUAAAAAUGUCAUUUCGAAUAUGUAUGACAGAUGGUCUGCUUAUUGGUCUGACAUUCUAUUUACAGUGCCGUGAUUCCUUGGAUAAACGCUCUAAAAUGGCUUUGGUUUCUGAUCAUGCAAAACGACGGGGAUUGUAUUCGAAUGACAUCCGACAAACAUUUGCGAAAAGGGACUGAUAGCACCUACAUAUAAUUUAAUACUUUUGUAUGCUGCCAGUCUCUACAUUUAUUCAUGCAUUUAACGAAGCUUGAAUGUGAUCUUAAGCCGUUCAUCUAGUAAAAAAGUGCGUCGGACGUUCGUACAUUGGCAGACCCACUACUCCAAUUUGCAGCCGAAAUUAUUUUUUAGUGUAGGCAUUGGCUCCAGAGAAGGCAAAUUUUGCGUUUCUAGUGUUUUCAUACUAAGACCAUUUGCAGUACUAUAAUGCGCCCUAAAAACGAAGCUAGGGGCAAAUUAAUUUCGCCCAAAGCGACAGAAAAAAAUUCAACUUCUUUCACUUAAAUCCUAGUUUGUAUUCGUCUCCUACUUCGUCAUUUUUAUAAAAUGAAGUUCUGAUUGGUUUGCGAAAAGUCUUCAGUGUGAUGGUUUGCCUAUGCUAGAUAAAGCAAAAAAGUAAAAGGAGCUACUGGACAAUUUACACAAAUCCAACUAACCUGCGCAAAGACAUCGGAGUCUUGAAUGAGGCUGUUUUCGCGUAUAUGUAAUGCUUACAUUUGAUAACGCCGCGGAGAUACGGCGUUGAUGCAGUGCUUGUCAGUCCUGGUAAGAUAGUGUCAAAAUGCCGUUGCCAGUCAAUCGUUAAUCUGAAAUGUUCGCCUUAACGAUGAACGAGCACUUUUUGCGCAGCAGUCAGCUUACAAUGUAAGCAGUAAAUAUUCCGCAUGGAACGCGAUAAAGUCUGCUUUCGGAAAAACAUCAUAAUUACCCAAAGAUUCCACUCCCAAAAAUCAAGAAAAACUAUGUCAUUUUCGAAGUGUUUGCUUCAUCGACUAUUUAGGGAGCAACACGGACUGCAACGAAGUGGAAAGCUAACCACAGCAGGUAACCCAUGUUCCGUCAUUUAAUCAGAUUGCUUCCACGUAACAAUGCACAAGCGUGGUUGUCAAGGAAUGAGAGGGCCUACAACCGGAUAUUAUGACAUUGGCAUGGAUUGGCGUUCCAGAGUCCUUCAGACAUUAUUCUUUCAUUAUAACUGAUAAACGUAAGUAAUUUAAGAAGAGCAAUGCAACCUAAAUAUAUGCCUUUUGCUGUUGCUAAUGAUAUCUAAAAAAUUAAUUAGUCCUAACCCGUCAACUGCAAGCCAAUAGAUGAGUGGCAUCGGCUUUCUACAUGUUCGUAUUCUGGACUGAGUAAGCUGAAGUUGAGGUUUUCCUGCAGAUAGCCUUGAGAAACUUAACUCGCCUUUACGAGGUUAGUUUUCUUUUGUGUCUUUCUUCUGACACCGCCAAAAGUAACAAGAUGAAUCUGAAACUAAGCCUGUAUAAAAAAGUACCUUUCUUUUUUUACGGUCGGAGAAAGAAACAUUGAAAGUAUUCGAUGCCAAAUAAUUUCCUAGUUUUUGCUAAAACUUCUUUAAAUAUCUCUAUUUUGACUCAAAUAACAUUUAAGCCAAUAAAAAGCUUUGCUAAACGCCAGGGCCCAAAAUACGCCGAGAUUUGUGUUCAAAACUUACAUUCGUCUCACCUAGUAACAUAUGACAUUUGGCAGCUAGUAUGUUCUUGCAGUCCGUGCAUAAGCAACAGUUUUUCAACUUAGCUGUCUUUGACAAUACCGAGUGCAUGCAUUCUUCGGACACACUGUAUGAAAUCAUUUGCCUCCGCUGACCCCGUGAAACUCUGUCAAAACUUUAGCUCUCGUUUACGGCUCUUGCAUCAUAUUCAUACCUCGUCCAUACAAAGAGCUGCUUGUCGACUACCGUCUCGAGAUUGCGGCCUCGGGAAUGUGACUUUUUGGGUUUGUGGUUCCGGAAGUUGCUACCAUUCUGUCAGUCUUUAUUUCCAUAGCCGGAGGAAACUGAAUAAGAACUGCGGCAUUCCAUAAAGCAUAAACAGAAAAUCCUUCUAGAGUAGACGUUGUUGUUAAGUGGGCCAAGUUCAUCUGCAGAUAAGCUUCUGAGCAUUUUAACAAUGAGUCAAAAAGACGCUGCGUUAAAAGGCAUUAUGGUUUUAACGGCGGACACAUGUGUAAUUGAAAAAGUCGUCCUAAGAUAUUUCGGACGAAAAACAUAAAAACAUCGGCCAAACUAAGCAUUAUUUAGGUUCUGGGCAAUCCUAAAAUUCUUGUCGAGAACUAAUUUCCUGAAUGCGAUUGAAAGAUCAUGUAAUUUAGCAAAACGUGCUUUUGCAUUCUUCCGUAAUUUUAAAUACUUAAAAAACAUUUUUUGUGAAUUUUCACUUGGAAGAAGGUAAAAAUUGUUUUAUUUUUCGGAAGACUUAAGUAUCUAAUUCCAAUAGGAUCUUGUACCUUCUACUAUAUCAGAUGAGGUUCAAGGCUGAGUUAAUGUCCUGAAUAAAUGAAGUUAGUUAUAGAGAGACAACUAAAUUUGGACCCCUAGAAAUCGCACGCAUCGUUCUAUCUCGAGUAUUGAUUGGAAUAUUGGCCAAUUCGUGAUGCCUGGAGCUGAUAUUUUGCAAACCGCAAAGGCAGUCCCAUGGCGAUUUACAAUCGGCAAUGGAUAAGUGUCGUUGAUAAAGACGGGACGCUGGUAUGCAUGCUUCUGGAUUAACAGUCAUUAUUUUUCACUGGCACCCCAGGCCCAUUAGCCGAAUAAUUCACAAUCUGAACCUUAUUUCCUGUCGAAUAAUUGGAACAGCGUCACUCCAACAGGUUAAAUAUGGUCAAAGUCAUUGCACUGAAUGGUAUAUAUGAGAGGAAUGAGAAGGCCAAUUUCUCUUUUCACGUGAGUGCAUAAGAUCAUAAAAAAAUCACUUCCCCUCCGAGGUAUGUCAAACGUUACGAGUGAAUUCUAGCAGAAUGACGAGUACACGAAAUGGCAUUAAGAGACUUCGUUUCCACCGAAUCAUUGCAGCUGAGGACGCCUUUGGGAAUUGUCAAGCACCACAGAUGCAACAGUCGCAUCAAAAUAACUUUUGUGAGAAUUUUAGAAUGUCAAGUAAAUUACUCUGACAUUCAUCAUUCCUUUCAAUUGCCAUACUUGCAAACUGAGUGCUGAAAUUUAUGCCAGUCCUGAAGAUAAAUAUAAUGGAAAAUCCUUCUUUUCUAUACUACAUCAAGCCGCCACUUUUGCGAUCAAUGGAACGAAAGUGGAGUUAUUUUCUCUAAAAUCAAACAAUCCAAAGGGUCUUUGUUUUAGAUAAGCAAAAGUAAUAACAUUACUGGAAGGAAUACAAGUAUCUUUCAUACCGUUGAAGAAAGCAAACACACAGACGGGUCAUGUUCUUCACGUUAAAUUAAACAGAAUACGCUCAAAUGAUGAUUCUAGCAUGAAAUGCACAGAACACGUUUAAGUCCCGUUGCCUUGUUUUGCAGGUGCAAAUUUGGGCUUAAUUGAGUUCAAAUUAGUGGUAUUCAAGUCGCCGUUUACACAAGAACUGUCUGACUAGACAAGUAUUUUUUGCCAAUAUUUAUCAAACCUUUCAAUAAAUUCUAAUGAAGGCGUGGUUAAGUUCCGCAGCCCCACUCUACUGUAUGGCUGGCUUACUAAAACAAUAUUAGAUAACAUACCUAAGUUAGCCACAUGCCGGAUUAGGAGGGGAAAAAGGGCGCAAAUAGCGCUCGAAGCACUCGCAGGAAAGCGAGUGAAGGUGGCAUGUACACACUCCCACCGACACAUUCAGUCGCUGGAUUAAGAGGAUAAAAAGGACUCAAUCACAUCUGGAGGGCCACUGAGGAAACCGCGUGGAAAUUCGCAGUGCAUCGUCACUGUGGUUGAACCGAUGGAGUUCCACACCGUAAGAACAAUUCAAUUAGCAAGUCUGCUUAGCCGCUCGCCGGAUUAAGAUAAUAAAGAGUAGGGCUCGAAGUACGCACAGGGAAGCGCGUAUGAACUGAUAUAUGAAGUAAUCAGGGCUGCUUUAUGAGCACUCCUCUCCCCGUGGCACAGUCACUUACUUGAUUAGAAUGGCAAGAUGCAAAUACGUGAGAUUUGUAAAGUCAGCAUAUCCGCAUCUAAAUAAUUUUUUAGAAAGCUAACCAUAUGAUAUCAUUCAUGUGGGGUUGUAGGACAAAAUCCCGCUCUAUUGAAUUUAGUCACUUUAAUUGCUUGCCUAAAGAUCCACAAUAAACUGCAUGGGAAGCGGUGGGAGAGCCAGAAGGGAGUAAAAUCACCUAUGUUUAUGUAACCAACCAAUCGAAACUAGACAAAACGUUUAAGACAGUAUAUUAAUACCUGUAUUUGGCCUCCGGGGAUCCAUUAUCUAUGCCAUCUGGUUAAAUUGAAGUUCUCAGAAUUCUUAGUUAAUUUGCCUGUUGGCAUACAUUCCUUAAAGAUAGUUUGCAACGUGUUACCACUCUGAAGUCCUCUCGCCGUACAUGGCAUGAGCCCCACUUUUUGUUAUAGAAAAGAGUCCCGAGUUGUCUACAGAUAUUCGGUAGAUUACCAUGAUAGAAUUACCACUUCUGUAUGUUAGGGGCAAAUCUGACUUCUGAGUAGCUUCCAGUCGUAUUUCUCUGUUAUUUCAGUAAACACAGUCGGUUGUCGCGUUCUGACAUUGGCACUCAAUAUUUAAGAAUUUUACAGAUUGUUAUAAAGGACAUGCUAUUACACAUCUUUCAGGUUCGGUAAUUGCCUGAGAGAUGCAAACUACCUGUAAGUGCUGUGACAUUCGUUUCCAAUCAAGACAUGCUUUACAUGGCAGCCCUCGUGUCAAUUCCAUUAUCUCAUCAUGUCCUAGUGAUAAACAUCAAUUUCUAGGAGGUAACAAGACUGUUCUGAAAGGUCUUUCAUAAUCUCAAUCACAUACACGAAAUUUCAAAGGCAAAAAGUUUAGUCUGGUCGCUUCCGAUUUUUAAUAAGUGUCGUCAGGUCGUAAAGUAGAUAAAAAGAUACUUUCUCCAUAAAGUCUAGUAGGCGGGCUGAUUCUUUUGGAAGGUUCAUCUUAUUUGUCACCUCAAGUAUUAAUUGACAAAGGUUCAUUCUAGAAAGCUUUCGAUGUGCGGGCAUCAAAGUCUAGUUGAAAAACAUGCCUUAGCAAAAGACGUCAUAUUCUUUUUCAAUGACUUAACGCAAAUUAGACGUGACAGCACAUAGAAAAACACACGAUACUUUUAUCCCCUGGAUUAGAUGCAACUUUCUCAUGAGCCAGGGGAUUUAACGAGAAAUCCCAUCCUGGAAUGGGUUUUGGCCUAAUCCUCCCAAUCCCCUGUAUGUCGCCACCCUUUUUAUUCGGAAAAGAUCUCCCAUAGCCGCCUCCACCGCCCUCUCGCCCUCCUUCUGUCUUCCCUUUUUGCCUGUAGAUUUGAAGCAAGGCAACUUGAGGCAAAGAAUUUGCUAAAUUUCUUUUUGCACUUUGAAAUUAAAGGGGUGGAGGUGGGAAGAAUGAGGUUCGCGACAAACGGACCAGUACUUUGAAAUUUUUAUUUUGUCGUCUUUGUGUUUGCAACAAGCACGACAGACGAUACUUAAAUUAAAAAAUCCAAAAGACUAAAUGGCCUGAUUAAGUACCAAUUAUUGGGACUGACAACUGAAACGCACAAACUAAUAAUUUCGAGGCUAAAAGGAGCAAGGUUGAAGAUAGUGCUUCGUUAACAGGAAGUGGUUGGUAGUUUUUGCAAGGAAAAGUUCAAAACCUUUCGGCAUGGAAUCGAAAAGUGUUCAGGAUGGCCUACUGUGCCACUCCACUUGUGUACUUUAUUUAAAGCAUAUCUAUACCGAGGCAGAUACUCUCCGAUAUUUUGCCCGAACAGCAAAAAUGUGCUUUUUAAAACACAAACAAUAGUCCGUCGUCAUGAACAUGCAAAAAUAGCAACGAAUAGUUCAGUGAACACAUCAUUCAAAUUUAAGUAAAUUCCUCCACAUCUCGUGUUUGUGAUCUCCCACGGCGUUCUAUGGAGACAAUUUUACCGUAUGAAGCAAAUUAUUGCAUCGGAGUGGCGUUUACCAACCUAUCCUGUUUGCAGGGCGAAAUCAGUACUUCCUGAACGUCACUCGCAGGGGACUGGGAAAAUUUCAAAUUUAAGCCCACAGAACGUGGGUUUGUGCUUCAGAGGCUAGAGCUCUUGGCUUAAAAGCGUUUGGUCUUUAGCUGACUUGGUCUCAAACCUCGGGUGCAUCAGCGCCUGAAGUUGGUUUCCACUAACUCAUGACAAAAAGUGAACAUGAAGUGGUCAUAUGAAUGUCUCCUGUUAUUUGCAUUAAAAACGUUACCUACGUCCUAAGUAUUAAAAGCUUUAAUCGAGGCGAACUAGUGAAACUCGCGGUAUAUCCAGCUGCAAAUUUUCCAAAACAGACACGUCUGACCACCACUAUCUUUAAACUUUCAAGUGUCCCAGUGACCACUGAAAUUACAGUGUGUCAAAAUGUUAUGCGCACAGUUGUCGCCUGCCUUUUAAUUGUUCUCUAAGUUCUGGAACACGGUGAAGGGAUUAGAGUACCUAAUUAACAGUCUUCAUCAGAAGGCCAAAUGGUAAUAAGUCUUUACUUUAGCUUUAAUGCGUGCGACGAAAUCAAUUUCAUGAUUAAUGUCGCCUAAUAAUUUUUAUUGGUGGUUUAUAAACGACUUAACACGCUACAAUAGCGGUUUUUGGGCAUUUCAUUCUAUAGCUCUGUUAGAACGGUCGUUUUUAAACAAUGCGCUAGACGUGAUUGAUUUAACCAAAAUAGUUCAUGUUUAAAAAACUGCCAGAAAUAAAAACUCCAAGAUGACUAUGAAGACAAUUUCUUUUAUUUCUCUUUUUCGCAAGCACACAUCCCGUACGUAAUAUACUAUUAAAUACCGGAGCGUCGUUUGCAAAUAUAUUUGUGUCGCAUAAUUGUACGAAACGCAUUAUGUCUAUUUCUUCUUAUAUUCUGCACAUUUCGUGAUCAUGUAAUUAUGUGGCUAUAUUUGGUGUUAAGAAUGAAGUCUUCGUGGAAUUCUACUUCAUUCUUUUAAAGAAGUCGAUCUUCAUAAUUAUUUCAUUUGUUGCUGACAAUUCUUAUCCCAGCAAUAUGGUUAGAAAAAAACCUGCUUACUAGUGGCUACUGCAACUGAAAAAAAACAGUUAUAACCACGGACACUUAUCAGGACGUUAGAGCCAUGUCAGAUAACUGGUCAUACUCUUGCGGCGCCAAUCUGCGCACACGUAGCCGCAACUCCAGUUUUUGCCCGGUUUGCGGCAACAAGUACAAGUAGGCUUUCAAACGCAUACAUUACAGAGAACGAGCCACGGAGGCAUACCGUUAACACCUAAGCGGCAACGAAUGCCCGAUAAUUCUGCAUCCCUUCACCAUAUACAACCACCUUUAAGGGAGUGUUAGCCACAGCUCACUGUCAACUGUAUUAUUUUUACUGGUAGUGUUGGCCAUUUUUAGCAGAACUUCGCUGAAAGCCAUAUCGGUGUAUUUUUAGGAAAAAACCAGGAUGCACACACCAAUCGCACUGUACUGGUGCAAGGUCAUGCUAUAAAAACAAUAAACUUCUCCAGAUGCGCAGCUGGAUAGCAUUUACUCAGUUAAAAUCUAACGGGCUGUCUAAAGUACAAACUAAUAUUUCAAAUGAAUUUCUUACGAUACGUUCUCAAAGUUUACGAAAGUUAUGCAUGUCAAACUUGAAUAUACUAAAUCGGGACAAGACUAGCAAUGUAUCGGUUCACAAAUCAGCGUCUACCAAAACAGAAAAGCAUGUCCGACCUAAAAAUAUAGAGGGAUUUUUGGACAACUGCAGCGCAAGCAACCAGUUUUGUUUGUGGAAUCCAUGCGAAUAGCUUUUCACUUUAUUAUUUAUGCUUAACCGUUUACCAAGUAAUAUUAAGAUGCUGUAGAGUGAAGAAUUUAAAAUUUUACUGAUAGCCGGGAUAUCUGGAUGAGACGGGAAACGAAAACCGAAGUUUUCGAAACAGCGCCUUUGGUUUUGCAGAUUUGCAGUUUGCGCUACCAUUACAACCAGUGGUAUAGAUACAGGGAAAAUGUGCGUUUCAAAGGUGGCGGUUUCUCGCUGCUUUAUGAAAUUCCAUUUGCUUUUAUGGCUCCCUGGCUCGUGUGUGGUCGAUCUACUUGAUAAUUUAAGCAGUCGUCGCUUCCAGCAACCUUCUCCACAACCAUAAUGCGAGAAGGCUAGAGCGUUUUUUAUAUGCACUGCCACCAUCUGCACAGAUUUUGCUUUAUUCAGACUUAAAAGUGUUGACUUUUCAACGUCCAACCUCUCCAUAGUAGAUGCGUCUCUUGCAUCAACAUGCUUACCUGAAUUUCACCUGAAAAUCAAUUUCAUAAAACAGAGAAUUUUGUAGGCGUUUAUUGCUUACCUGAUUGCAUCUACCUAGAGAAAAAAGCUAUAUUUAUGGUGACCGAAAGAGGCCUAGUCAUGUUUCCCCUUUUUUAUCCAGUCUCCAAUCGAAUAGCAAAUUUUCGUCUAACCGGUCAACUUCAUAACAACAUAGGCCGAGUCCUAUGCUCGAAGAACAUAAUUCGCUGGAUCUCAAAGACGCGACUCUGUAAUUUCGGAUGCAGGCCAGCUAUCAUUUGCCGUAAAGAUUAAGCUGUAUUGAGAUUAAGUAGAUUUGGAAAUCGUCUAACUUCAAAUAAAUAAUCAUCUGCUGGAUAUAACACCCAAUCCAGCAGUACUGCCGCAUAAACAACGCAUUCCAAUAUUAGGCGAAGCAAUAUAUUUAUUAAAGGGGGAAUUACUGCUGAAUUGUCGUAAACGUGCAUGAGUAUUUACAGUAGAUGGCUAGGAAGCCGCGUUUUACGAAUAAUGCACACGAAGACAGGAAAAAAUCCAGACAGCAACAAUCCAAGGUUAUUUGAAGUGCUUCCACGCACUGCUGACGUUUUGGAAACCGGCAGGCUUCUUAUGCAUCGCAAGAAAAAGGUUUUCUAGACAGGCACCGAACAAUAUUUCCUCAUAAAGUUGGGAUAUUUAUUGACAAACUGCCUCACCUAACAAGUCAACCUACCCUCCACGCCUGUUCUAUUUGAUAACAAGGUGAGUCUAGUUGGAACAGGCAGUUUACACAUAAUACUGUAAGGAUAUAGUACAGAGUGGACCGUAGGUCGCGUAACCACUUACUAAGUUAAUAAGUUAAAGAUUUGUCCCCUAAUAAUUUAGUACCGAGAUACGAUGGAGACGCAAAAAAUUCAUUUUUGUCAUUUCAACGCAAAGCAUGCACAAGUCGCUUCUAUGCCAUGCAGAGAGAGUGCAAAUUAAAUCCAUCAACAUGAAAUUUACCCUCCCAAGUUUACAGUUGAUUGUCCUGUAUCACCUAGAAGCGUAAUCUGACCCUAUUUGGCUUCAGAACGGAGAUGACAAUAUAGUAAAACGGACGCAACGGAUCUCAAGAGAUGUUGAAAUUUUUGUUUGCCCUACCAUGAAGAACAGUCUUGAUACGUGGGGCCAGCAAGAAUGUCUAACCGUCUAUGCGGCCAAGCCCAAAAUAUAGCAUCUAAUCUGUUCAAAUUUAGAACGAUUUCGUGGAACUUGAAUUUCAAUUUGCCACACGUUUGCCCGAUUUGAUAGUACCCGACGUUUUUCUUAAUAGCUCUUUUAAAAGUAGAAAAUAUGCGAAUAUGUCAGAGACUGCCCCGAAGUUUGUAAAUCCAACUCUAGAGUAUACUCAUGCACUGAUGGCAGAUAUUUUGAAGGCCGAUAAGGAAAAUAACGCUACGAAGCCAGCGUCUGAGAAUAAGAAAAUAAGAAAAAUAUCCGGCCCUCAUUUUCAAUGCCAAUUUGCCAAUCCUUUUCAGUGUUAAGUAACUAAAUAACUAAUUUCAAAAUAUGUGCAGUUGACUAAAACGUUAAGCAUCUGUUUAAUUUAUAAUAGCAAAGUGACUUAUAGGCCACAGUGAAUUAUAACAAGACUCAUUUUGGAUACUAUUCACCCUAACGUUUAAAUUUGACUGCAGGGUAAAAGUGAUUGCAAUAAAAAAAUCCGAAAUGUUGCGCAUGUACACGAGUAUGUCAGAGCUCCACCAUACCCACAACUUAUGCUCAAUCUGAAGACGUUCACAGGUGUUUGGAAUUCAUGGAGUGCAUAUACCAGAAAUCACGUGACAACGAGGGCAACGACAAAGGAACCGAACUAACUUGCAGCAGCGUCACGCAACAGCAGAAGCAUCGGCAGAACAAGUUUUUAUGUUUUUAACUAAUGCUUAUGUUUGGAGCAGGGGAUGAGUCACUGUCGUAUAAAAUUUUCACUAAUAGAACAGCUCGUUGGUUGGAUAAAUAUAACGCGGUCAUUUUGUGGUCUACUUUGGCCAUCUUAAAGUUCAUUACAAUUUUAGGUUUCAUCCCAAAGAGUUGCGCCAUGGGCACUUAAUCAUGGGCUAAUUCUUGCUGAUAGGUCGCAAAAUUGUUAUUUCAGUGCACUUUCUCGGAAGGCAUUGACCGGAAGGUUUCUGAAAACUGACGCAGUCGGCUGAUGAUAUUUGCGUUAUAAAUGGGACAAAACAUAAUUGCUAAGAUAUAACCCCUCGUUAAGGAGUAUGCAGCAAGCCCACUACGGCUGCUACCUGUGAAGAUAAAGUGCGGAUGGUAAUGUUCAUUUUAGAUCCUGCGCAUUCGCGAUAAACCAGUAGAACCAACAUUAAUUGGAUUAGAUAACGUUGAAAGAUAGUAUGGCAAUGCGUUUAUCUUGGUAGCAUUUGUUUAAAGAAGUAGUGUUGCGUAAACUUAUACGUAACGCGUCAUCCUUGACUUUUCAAUGUAUGAUCGUUGAUGAUUUGCUUCUUUCCUCAAUAAAAAAGCCAAUCAAUUAAAAGUUAUAUAUUUUAACUUGAAAGGGAUAAAACGUUAGAAUUUAGUCGAUUCUGGCAGCUAUCUGGACUGUUCAGGUCUUUUUCUCUUUAUACAUGGUGUCCCAAAAGCCAUUAUACCUUUACUAGAUUUUUUAAAAUUAUUCCUUUGUGAAUCGUCAACAACAGAAUCAUUGCUAUCUUACAUGCUAGACUUGCCGCCAUGUUCCAACGCCUCAAAGACUAGUCGUAUACGUUUUCAUGAACGUCUCCACUUUCGACAACAUUCAGCCAUCCUCGGACGCAGCUCUCUCCGACAUUUCGUAGUAUCUCUUUCCGGACCUCGCUGCAGACCGUUCAGAUUCGUUUUCCAAACUAUGACAGAUCACGUGACUUGGUGAUAUACACCUUGGUUUUGAUAUGGCCUCACAAAAUGUCACAAGAUGUGAGGUCAGCUGAACGCGGAGCCCACUCGUGGUGGGGGGCGAUUUUGACCAAUCCGUCAGUCAGGAAAGUUGGCGUUCAGGAAGCCCCUCACUAACCUGAAAAGGUGAAGAGGGGCUCCGCCUUGCUGAAGAAAGACCUAAGCAAGGUCCCUGCGCACCCAAAGUUGUGUAAUAGUAAACUCCUGAAUUACCUUCAGGUAAUAUUCCCCUGUAACUGUGGUAACGUUUCCGAAUGCGUAUCUGGGGAAGAGCAAUGUGGUCAUCCCGGUGCUAGACACGGAAUACCAAACCAUCAGUUUCUGAGAGUCUCAUCUACGCUUCAGAAUUGCUGCUAGGCUGGGCUUUUCUGAAAUGUGACAACGGUGUCUGUUUACUAAACCAAAAAUUUGUAAGAUAGACUCGUCACUGAACCAGUUUUCCGAGAGCUGAGAGUCGUUUUGAUAAUGUUGGGGGAGUGAUUUUCAUACUGCUGCAUGGGCAACAUUAUUUUCUGCUUUAAGCGUUUGAAGAACCUGAAGUCAGCACAAGCAGAGCUUUAUAAUCUUACUAAGCAGCCGAUGAAUAGAACCUUUGUUGAUGCUGAAUUCCAGUGCAGGCCUCCGGAAGGUCUUCCCUUGGAUUUGCGUGAACGCUUGCGCCAGGAGUUCGUUUUUUUCCUCAAUGAUUGUAGUGGCGGGCCUUCAACUGCGUGGUCUGUCAAGAACAGACCCUGUUUUCAAAAAUUUGCCGUGGGUAGCGUAAGCUGUGCUUCAGGUUGGAACAUUUUGACAAUCAUUAAGCUACUCAAAUUCGCGUUGAACUGCAGUCGGGGCUGAAAAGCUUCUUACCCGAUGACAGUUUUGUAACGUUGCCCCCACGUCACUUGGCAAGUCACGGGCAAGGGAAUGAUAAAGUGACGAGAACUGCAGUCUAUGCUGUCAGAUGCUGAUACUUUCACGUUUCUCCGAAUGACAUCUGAAAAAAGCAGAAAGGAGGAAUCUGUAUAUUGACAUCUGGGACACCCUGUCGAUAUGCAUGUUGUCCAAAGAGUUACUGUGUUUAGUUAAGAGUGUCUUUUACUGUUCGGGCCUUUAUUGCGAAAUUUAUACCAAAACUUAUCUAUCUAAAGACAAUUUUUUCCGAAAUUCUGUCGAAACCGUUCAACUUUGGAGUUAAUAUCCAUCGUCUGAAUAAUAUUUUAAAAGAUGACAGAUGUUCUAGACUUAAAUUUUUCAAAUUAAUAUAUUCUGUGCCACAGGGGACCGAUCAAUCUGCUUCCGAAGCGACACAGAAUUCAAAUUUACUGUAGGUAAUUCUUCCAAGUGAAAAGUGAUGCAUCUAGGUCUGACAUCCAUCCCCAUAAAAACCAAAGUGAAACUGCGCGAGGGCUGUGCUUGCGCAUGCGGCGUCUUUGUAUCACCAUGGUAAAACAAUCCAACAGGGCAGACUGAUUUCCAUUUUGCCAUCGCUUUUGGUUUCCAGCCAAAAAUCAAAAAAAUCGACGAUUUUGUCAAUCCUCUUCUGCACCCUUUGUCCCCCCCCCCCCUUUGACAGCUGCGCACUGUCAUGGACGUUUCGGGGGAACUAAAGAAUCCCAUUGAGUCAGUGGACCAGCGUCGCGACUUGAUUAACUGUCUUGUCCGACACCUGGAGGACGCCCUAGCUAUUCGUCACUUCGGCCGGCAACGCCGCCAGCGACAGCCCAGGCCUGUAAACCAAUCAGCAUACGGUAAAGCCUGGGACUCUUCGGUGGAACCCUCCGCUACUCGUUUCCCCACUCCAGUGGUGCCCCUCACUUUCUCUCACCAGACGCGUCUGCCAGGACCUAGACCUUGCAAUCCCGCCUCCAGCAGCUACCUCUGCGGUCUCUACCUCGUUGUCAAAUCGCUCUAUCUGGUGAAUUCAACUGCACAGUUAUACGUGACUGGAAAGUAAGGAAAAGUGUCAGCAUGGCCUCAAAUCACUUUGGUUACAUUUUGGUUGCGCUGCCGAAAUGCGAUUCAUAGUUUUGACUGUUUGUUUAUGACCAGGCGGUCAAAGUGUCUAUUAUCUAACAAGUCCUGUCAGUUUUGUCAAAGUAUAUAGAAUGGUGACAUUCGGGUGGCACCUAGAUGAAUAAUGUAGCCACUUCCUGAAGCAUACGCAUUUUGGAGAGUAUACAUAUCCUGAAGGGGAUUCCGACAAAGACAAAGGAGACUGGAAUAGCAUUUUUGGCUUAUUGGUCGUUCGAGGCUCACGUGCAGCAAGACGUAGGUUUGGUCAAAGCUGGCUCGGAAGUUUGAGGGGCAGCGGAGAGGGAAAGGCAAGUAAUGGUAUACGGUGAAGGGAAAACUGCGGACAAUAUUUCUGCAAUAACUCGACUCGAACUCUCUAAAUUAGGGCAACAGAAACUGUGGAGUUCGCACGAACUUUUUUCAAGAAGGGACAGAGUACGAUUUAACUAAAUGAACUUCUUGCCAAUGCUAAUCGCCAUGUUUCUGGACUGUGUUAGCGGUCGAAACAUCCGGUUUGGCGAAUUGACAUCAGCGUUUUUUCAGUUUUUCUUCGACUUUGUCCUCUUUCAUCCCGAUUAAUUGGUCGAUGUGAAAGAGCGCCUAAGCAACCUGAUUCAUAUCCCUUUACGAAUCCCACAUUUGGGUCUUGGUAUCCGCGUUUUGUGAAUUAUAAAUAUUCUAGAAGUGUGCAUCAAGGAUUGUUUUUAAAAACAUUCAGUCCAACCGUGAAUCAGACCUUUCCUGUUUCCACAUGCAGAAAGUCAAUUAACCCAUCAAAAUUAAUAUAUAGGGGCCUACUUAAACCGGUUUUAAGAAUAUAGACUUGUUUUUCACAGCUUGAAUGAGAAGAUCAUCCCUAAGAUAACUGUUCGAGCUUGACCCCGUAGCGUCAUGCUAAGACUGAUCUUUAAACCCAUCUCAGCAUUUAAACGGGUUCUUUCCAUUUUUCUUCCGAACGGAAGUUUUCAUGUAUCACUUAUUACCCGCGUAUGGAUUUGUGGGACAUAUAUAUUUACAUGUUUAGGAUUUAGAGGCGCAGGAGACGCAUGUUAUAGAUUGACAGAUAUCAGGAACAUUUGUUAAAGUAUGCGGCCUUUUUUUCCAUGAUACAUCUAAUUUGACAUCGGUUUUUUUCUCUCCGGCGUUUGAGAGCCUAGGCACUUUAUGAAGCCAUUUGCCAACUACUUUGUUCAUUGAAUAGGCCAUAGCGAUUUGCCGAAAUGUAUCUUAAAGUCCCAAGCUUGUGAGCAGCAAUCUUUUCCACCCUAAUAAUGUUUUUAUCUACCUCCUCCUCCUCCUCCUCCUCCUCCUCCUCCUCCUCGCGUGAGAAUAGCCAUCUGUUCAAAAACUUUAGAUAACAGUUAUAUGCUGAUUUGGCGCACAUAUAGUGCCGCAUUACUCCGUAAAUAUCCUAACGACGAGUGUGGGAUCUGUCAGGGUUGUGGGAGUGUUUUCAUGGCGGCAACGAAGAACAGAAGAACAGUUCGGGGAAACAGGAGGCAGAUGUUCCAUUUUUGUUGUUCAGUCUACAGACGUUUCUCCGUGUUUGAGAAUAAGAUAGGCUUUUAAGCAUGCGUCCAGCGGACCAAAUUCAGCAUGAAUCUCUGUCCGCGUCCGCAGGAUGACAGGGUGAAUUGUCGACGGCAAUGGCUUACCUGUUGUAUGGACUUAACCUGCACUUAUUUACGUCAAAUAAAACUACUAUUAAGUCUACUACAUGUCGACUGAGGAGACGCCGAUGUGUCCAGUUGCUUCGUUCACUCUACGAAAAUCAAACAUGGAUAAUUUAAAUAAAAGUGCUAUUAUGAGAAAGAUCAACUUUCUACAACCGGUCGCCAAACGUAAGUCUUGGCGUAUUUAACCCAGGGCAAGCUAUCAGGUCUGCAUGAGUCUACAUGUUCUAAUCGACUAAACAUCUGGAAAAUUCUGCGAAAAUGUUUUAACGGGUUUCUGCCUACAAAGUAUCUGCAUCAUACCAAAAAAUCAAAAUGGGGAGCGAAUUUUUUGAACAAGUUUUGACGACUGCUCACAAAGCAGUUCUCUGUCCAUGCUUAUUGGAUUAUAGACAUUUAGAAUGAUUCUUACUAGAAGCUUCGGGAAACAUUCUUAUGUCGAGUUAGCACAUUCCUUUCCAACAUCAGUCCUGUUUAAGCAAAAAAUCUUUCUUUAAAAAACAGGGAAACAAACAGUUAAACACUCGCGUAAAAUACCACAGAACCUUACAUACGAGAUGGCCUAUACGGCAAACUCUAAAAUUGUUUGUGGACUCACCCACCUCUCGUAAAAGUCCUCUUCCUAAUGCUCCAAUUUGAUCUAUUAAUUUUUGGCCAAAAUGUCAAAAAUAUAAUAGAUUUGUGAUUUCCGUGCUCUAACAACCUACUUUUCAAAAAGGGCAGUUGCCAACUUCUUGAUCUGACCAUUAAUUAUCUAGGUUCAUUCGCAUUUAUUCAUUACUAUCUGCUUCAGUCUGGUCGCAAGGGUAAAAGAUUCAAUUGGUCAGAUUGAAAAAAACAGACCCGAUGUAUGGGAGGUCUAUCACCUGCAUGGUUUUUAAUGCCCAAUGGAACUUGCAGAUUGACCGCUUCUUUCCGUUAAGCCCAAGCAAUAAAUGUAUGUUCAAAUGAUGACCUUGUUAGUGAGGAAGCUGACCUUUGUGCUGGUUGGUAGUGGCAAACAACCUCCGUCGAACCGACAGCUUGCGCAGAACUUGCAGAAUUGAACUGUAAUGAAAGCACUUCAGAUAGAAUAGCUUUUGUGUCCUAUAUGCUACUUUUUAAACAUCUUUACUUUCUCCAGCUGUCAAGCAGCAAAUGACAGUAAUUUACUUCUGCCUGAAAUUCCGCAGUCUCAGAAAAAGCGUCUUUUGUAAUUAAGAAUCAAGUUGCGCUAAGCGCACAUAUAUUCGUCUUACUAUCUUUCCUACUGUCAUAACUUAGUUACACGUCGAAGUCAACCUGAUAUGCGGUAAACGGCAAGUCCUCAGUUCGUAUCUUAAAGCUGUUUUUUGUAUGUGAGAAUUUGUCUGAAUUCGGAAACACACCCAAGAAUGUUAAUAGAAUGGGCCAGCAUUGUAUUUAAAAAUAUUUAAAGAGACAAGUAUAUUACCCUUAAUCGUCAUUUUAUGGAAGAUCCGAAGCCGUUUAACAGGCAAUCAGCCGACGCUUCCGGCUUGAGUCUCUGUUACGCACGUCUCCAGUGUUCCUUUUAAUAUAACUCGUUGACGUCGGCCUGGAAGCAAGGGAAAACAGUGAUCGAUGCAUGGCAGUUCACGAGUAUGCAGCCUGCCAUAAAUUGCGUGAGCCUGGUAAUCAUCUGGCGGAUUCUGGGUGGAUUACUUAGGAAUUCCUGUUUGGGCAGUCAGCUUACUGCAUCACAUUUAGUGGAUUCCAUACGUCGCAGUAGGUUACGUUGGUAAAUUUACCCAAAUAUGAUUAAAUUCGCGUCUCCUGGUGGUGUCACGUAGGUCAGGUGACUAGAGUGUUGGUUGUACUAAAGCCUUGCCCACCGAGGUGCCGAGUUUUUCACAGUUAAGUCAAUAUGAAUUAUUCAAAGCUGCCAAAAUAUGCAUUGUUAUUUCAAAAUUUUUACGACUAGAAUUAUGAAUUAUCUGCAUAUUUUAAGGCACAAACGCUUUUGAGUUUUAAUAAGUGAUCGGAUCUCAAGAACGAAUACGAACAUUCCAAAGAUGGCGUCUUCUGCGUGCACUUUUCCAACGACUUCUUUCUAAUUUUCCAAACGUCCACCUUUCCCUCUUUAGAUACCUUCACGAAGACGGUUUUCUGUUUGGGAUAAACACACUAGUCGAUCUACUUAGCACAAGGCUUUGGGAUCAUACAGGUUCCUUCCCACGUGUGGCUCUAUGCGACUUCGAGCUUCGUCGGAUGGGCAGUAACCAACACCGAUACACUAUUCAGUGUGUCCUGCGCGUGAAUAUUUUCAACGAAAAGAUUUACAUAUUUCUCUGGUUUUGGUUUCUCCUCAUGUCGGCAGUCAAUCUCCUCAGUCUCCUAAAAUGGACCUAUAGGUAAGAACAUGCGUCAUAAAGUACAGUAGUUAAGACGAACUCUGGAGCCCACACUUGAGUUGAUAUUCCUUGUUAGCAUUUGGGAUGAUUAUUUUAAAAUGCAAGUUUCUCUGUAAUAAAAAUAAAUUACUUUCAUUUAAGAAGUAAGGACGCUUAUUUGGCUUUAAUUUGUGUGCUAUCGUUACCAGGACAUGAGCAAAACCCUGCUUCGGUCCACAACAUAUGUUUAAACGCUUUGACUUUCGACACUAUCCUCUUGUUUCGUCUUGAAACGUGUCAGGCUAGUGCCGGAAGAGGAUCAUAUCUUUAUUCUAUCUAACUAUAGAGAAGGGGGUUGACAUAGUGCAAUCGCCAGUUUGGUUCACUAUCCAAGAUGCAUCCACAUUAACGACGGAUUUGCUAACUUCUGCCCUUGCAUCCACCCUAAAACGAUGCGCGUGACUAAAAGGUUCAAGCGUAUCUCGUAGGCUGAUUUACUUUUUCUACUUAAUCAGUUUCAGUAGCACAUUAUAUUUGGUAGUUUGAAAUUCCGACAAUACGUCAGCCACCCGUCAGCAGACGAUUCACAGAAAUUCGUAAUGUCUAGGCGAAGAUAGUAGAGCCUUGGGGAACAUUUGGCCUGGAGACUUAUCCAAAAAUUAAUAGAAUCGCACAGUCAACACUUGUUCUAUAGACGGGAUCCCACCGACAACACCCUUUUUGGGGCUCUACGUUUCCCAUUUUCAUUGUCAGUCUCCAUGAAAAUUUCUCUAGUAGAGUUUAGUCAGAAGGUAUUGAACGAACUUGAGAUGAAGUCAGCAGAACAAAACGAGUCAUAGACCAUGCAAUAGCAAAAACAAGCUUUGGACUCCAAGCUGCUACCGGCGUUGGGAGUGGUGAAAACAAUCGGUCUUACAAACCCAUAAGUAUGUGUAUUGCACAGCUAAAGAUAAUUUUAAUGGAAAGGCAAAUUGUUAUCCACGGGGAGAACGAGGAUCCCAAACAGGCCUACGCCGACACCUCCUAUCGAGAUAAAUCCGGUCAUUGGUUCCAUGGGGAAACGAAAUUUAAAUAAGCUGAGGAGUUCAGACAUAGCCACCCCUUCACCUAGUCAUGCCUUCAUAGUCAUUUUCACAUAGUCAACCCAGACACGUAAGAGUCAUUAGCCGUCUGCCGUUAUGCGACUGUCUUAACAAAAUAACGCAGGGGAAAGUGGAAUCACUCUGAAUUUUUUGUAGUCACUUUAAAGGUCACAAACAGGACAAUGGUAACUCCCUGUGGGUUAAUGGGAAGGAGUGAAAGCGCGUGCCAAAAAGAAUGUGUGGGCCUGUUUUCUUCAAACGUUUACAUUAGCCCUUUGCAUUUUUGUAAAUAAGAAUGGCCACAUCUUCUCAACCACAGUUAAAACUCUUUUCGCAACAGGAUUCUCUUCAAGUCGGUGAGACUCGCUUUCGUCCGAAAUCUGAUCUGCAUUUACCUAAACAUCUCGAUGACCGCAAGAAAACACUUCGACUUGAAGAGUGGACGGGUAGUGUCACUUUUGGAUUGUAUGUUAAAAAUGCUGAUUUUUAGACAAAAAACAAAGACAGUCAGAAAUUUGCCGAGGACACCGAGCUGACAAUGGCCGACUGCUUCAAGACACAAGCCGAAAAGGCCCAAUCUAAGAGUUUUGUAGAAGACAUUUUGGGUCAGGAUGGCGUCCUUCUGCUGCGCUUUGUCUCCAUGAAUGUUGGUCCUGCUGCAGCCGCAGAAAUUGCCGGUGUGUUUUGGACAAAAUAUGGCAAAAGUGUCAACCCCGACGUAUUUUGUCGACUCGGUAUGACCGCAGGGAAUACGACUGGAACUACUUCCCCGCCGGUGCCUCCCAAAAGAUCCACCAUAGGAAGUACUCGGCAAAAACCCGAGGGAGAAAGCGGCGCAUUUAUUCCUCUGAUAAAUCUGGAUUCUAAAACGCAUGCUGUUGCCAUAGACUCUGAUCGUUCUUCAAGCUCCUCACGACCGACGGUGGAAAAUCUUAAUCGACGCAAACGACGUCACUAUCAUCGACGGAAAAGUAGCGUUUCGUACGACCAAUAUUCGCCUGCACCAGAUCAGACUGAUCAAUAUUUUUAUGAUCAGUAUCCGGAAGAACAACAAGUGGAAAACGACUUGGAUGACAUAUUAAAGUAA